CACGGCGCCAGCUCACAUCAUGGCUAUCGCUGGCGCCCAACGAAAACAAGUCCUCAAGGUGUUGAUGAUCUCGCUCCUGCUGGACCUGAUCUCCUUCACAUUCAUCCUCCCCCUCUUCCCAUCCCUCCUCUCCUUCUACCGCGCCCAAGACCCCUCCCCCAACUCCCUCCUAAACCGCAUCUUCCACUACCUCAACGCCUACAAAAACGCCUUCGCCCGCCCCAUCGACUCACGCUAUGAUAUCGUCCUCCUCGGCGGAGCCCUCGGCUCUCUCUUCUCCCUCCUCCAAGCCUUCGCCGCACCCGUCAUCGGUCACCUCUCCGACCGCCAUGGUCGUCGUCGCGCCCUGUUAACCGCAAUGGUCGGGAAUAUCUGCAGCGUCGCGCUCUGGGUGUCUGCGACGGAUUUCCGCACGUUCCUGGCUAGUCGAGUCGUUGGCGGGCUGAGCGAGGCUAAUAUCCAAUUGGCCAAUGCGAUUGUCGCGGAUGUCACGGAUGAAACGCGUCGGGGCGCGUCGAUGGCGUUGGUCGGGGCAUGUUUUAGUAUUGCGUUUACGUUCGGGCCGAUGCUUGGUGCUGCGCUGAGUUCGGUGGAGAUUGUUGCGGCGAAUCCAUUUAUCACUGCCGCGCUGGUCUCGCUGGUUUUGAUCUUUGUUGAGACGGUUUAUCUGUGGGCUUGUUUGCCGGAGACGCAUCCGCGGUUUACAACGUUGAAGCAGGAGGAUGUCGCCGAGUCUGAUGGGAAAGGGAAGAAUGGGUCGAAGGGUGUCACGCCUCAAGGACAUACGAAUAGCCCGGCUCUCCUGAAUGCCGUCCACUUCCUCUUCCUCCUCCCAUUCUCGGGUCUGGAAUUCUCCCUCCCCUUCUUGACGGCGACACUUUAUGCUGGAACCACCACAGCCAGCCCGGCCGCUUUGAACGGCCGCCUCCUUUCCCUAAUGGGUCUGAUCGCGUCCCUCCUCCAGGGCACGCUCGUCCGCCGUCUGCCCCCACUCGUCACCGUCCGAGCUGGUGUCGUCGCCUGCACGCUAUCAUUCUUCUGUCUAGCACGCGUCUCCUCACCAUCGGGCCUCUACGCCGCAGGCGGCUUAUUAGCCGUGACGAGCGCUACCGUUGUCACCGGGCUGAAUAGUCUGGGCAGCUUUGAGGCUCGGGAUGCGGAUCGCGGGGCUGUGAUGGGUCGACUCCGUGGCUGGGGUCAGGCAGGACGUGCGGCUGGUCCGAUCCUGUUUUGUACGCUGUUUUGGUGGGCUGGGCGUGAGGCGGCUUAUACCGUUGGUGGGUUGGCUAUGUCUGUUGUUGCUGUAGCGGUGUUUGGGUUGUUGAAAUCGCCUGAUCUACAUGCUAAGACGGAGUAAAAGGGGAACUAUAACGGGAUGGCUUUAGAGCGCUCGUCGGUUCCCUACAGCUUUUCUAUCUUUAGAGGGUCGGUUUGGAAAACUUCUGGAAAGCAGCAGCUGGAUUAUGGUUGCUUGUUGUAUUUCUACUUGACUAAGGAUAUAUUGGAGUGAUUCAAUAUCCAUGCCUGCAGCAAUUUCAAUACAAACCUCGGCUUGCCUCGGUACAACCGCCAUUCCACCACAG